AUGUGGUGUAUAAUAUACCUUAAGGUAAGUAAAAAAGGUUUUUAUUUACGCCAGCGUUGUUUGGAAUUAAGGCGUGAAGUUAAUUACGGCCUACGUUUCUUCAUUAACAAAGUGAGUUUUUUUUACCGAGCCAUGAUUUGUUGUUGUGGACAGACCUAAAAACUUUGGAGAUGAAAGGGUUAAUCAAAUCAAUGCAAACAGCUCGUCAUAUCUAGUUUACGAAGACAUAGAAAUUAUUGUUAAUGUCAGGAAAAGAAAUUUUAAAUCUCGUAAUUAUUCUCUAUCAUUUUCGAUUCCUUUUCAGCAAAGCUAUAUCUGGUCCCUUAAAUGUAUUAAUUUCUAGAUCUGAAGAAAGAAUCCAAUCCUUGGCCUCAUUCCCCAAAGUGUUGUCAUAUGUCAUAUGCCGGCAGUUGCGUAACGUCUUAACUCUACGGCGGCAAGGCUUUUCAUCCUUGUAAAGUUAAAUGAUUCUUUUUUUCUCGAUGUGCAGGGGAUUUCCAUAGCUCGAACUACACCAAUAUUAAAUGUACAGGUUGCAGUAGAUGACAGCGAGCCCUUGUUUCAAGGGUAAGAUUAGCAAAAGCUAGUUUUAAAACAUUUACAAGAUUUUUUUUAUUUACUUUGUUUAGCACUAGCGUGCUGCUCUCUAGCAUAUUCAGCUCUUGCUUGUCAUAAUUAAUUAUUUAAUUGUCGAAAACAACAAAUAGAUACAUGAUUAAAGUGUCAGUGGGAUAUUAAAAAUGUGAAUUCCACGAGGCGAUUAUUGGAAAAGCCUUUGGAAGGACAUUUUUUCAGUUUCACCAUUUAAAAAGCAAAAUCUUUUAUUUAUUUGCCCCGAAACAAGAUUUUUUGCUUAUCUACGUUAUAUCUAAGUGGCAAGACUGUUUCCCCGCUGUAGUCUGCCCUAGCUUGUCAUAAUACAUAAUUUAAUAGUCAACCAAAAAAAAUGAAAAAAUAAAAUAUUGGAAUUUUUCAUUCUUGAUUUUUUUCACAGAAAUAAAACUAAAGUCAACGUAAAUGUAACCCAUAAUAACAACUCAACGUCUGCGGUUGGCCAUGUAACUAUCAUUCUACAGGCUUCAUUUAAAGCAGAAUUCAGUUCAGUAAACUUAACUUCGUUCUCAGUGAUUCCAGAUGUGCUACAAAAUAACAGAGUCGAGGUACGAUUCCUCUCUUGUUCACAUUUCUAUUCAGUAAAUCAUCUCAUUUCAAGGAAAUACUGGAAAAAAGGUAUAAUCACAAACAAAUAUAACGGAAGCCGUCAGUGGACGUUCCCAAAAUUGAACCGCGUGUGUCUUGUAAGUUCCCAUCCAUGUCUUAUCUCUUUGUGCAUAGUGUUAAGUUCGAUCACAGUUUUACAAAACAAUUAAAAAAGCAGGAGAAAUCUUGAAUUAACUAAUGUAGUCAAAAAGUUGAAUUGAUUCAGUUAGUUGUAGUUCAUAAUACCGUUCUUUGGCUUUUUUCAGCUCAACAGGCUCGAGCUGGGUCAACAAUUCUCGUAUGAAGUAGUCAUUUCCAUUGAUCCUCAAGGACUCACUGAGCCCGGUCGCCUUCACGUAGCUUAUGUGAUCAGCACCAUAACAUAUAGCGGUGAAUACGAUAAUUUUACAGAUCCAAAUAACGGAACAAGGCUGACUAAAACUUCUGACAAUUUUCACACUUCGUUCUACUUCUACGUACCAGGUUUGUUACGGAGUGCUAGACUAGACGCCUUUAACUUGUCUCUGCUAAGUACACCAAUAUGAAAAAAAGGCAUCAAAUGUGGUCGUAAUAAAAGAACUCAAGAGCCAUCAAGUUUCAUUCUUUCUCGGCCAUGACGUACGGACCUCGCUGUGCUUGAUCCGUACCUCAUGACCUCGAAGGAUAUAGUGUAUUUUCAACGUCUCAUUACUUCAUCUCUUUACUGAAACCAAGAAAAUUUCUAAUGAUGAACGAAGGUUGUGAAAAGAGUAGAAAUUGUUUCGGAGCCUACAUGAUGGAAGCUGUUAUUAUCCAUCAAUCUGCAUGUUGAAACAUCGGGUAAAUUUUUUUUAAAGUAGCAUCUUCUUUUCUAUGCAAAUCUUCACAUAGGUCGAAGAUGACCAUUAACAAGACAAAAGGUAACAUAGUACGAACUACUUUUGAAACAAGCCGCCUCACAGCGAAAUUGUAAUUAUAGAGAUGAAACCUCUCACAGCCAAUAUCUCUGACAAACCGAUCGCGAAAAUGUGCCAAAGAUAUCGUGAUAUGCACAGCCUAUAAUUUUUUCUUAUUAGAUUCCCCCUGUGUUCAACCGCUGGGUAUGAGAAGUGGGUACAUCAAGGAGAGCCAACUUUUAUCAUCGUCAUUCUUCAAGACAUCUCAAGAUUCACUUGGUCACAGUCCCCAUCGGGCUAGGCUUGGCAGCUCAGGGCACUGGUCCCCUGCCAAUGGAAGGUCUUCAAUUGACAGAGAACAGUUUAUACUAAUCAACUUUGAGAGAUUCAUCCGUCUAAAAAUGGUUUGUUUGAGCACCUUUUGUUGUGCAAAACUACUUAAACAAAGAUUUAUGUGUGUCGAGGUCACUUUUUAAAGAAGUGUAAGUCAGUUGUUUACGCUCAGGGUUAAAAAAAGUGAUCAAUUUAUGGAUUUUAUUUCAUAGUUUAGUCUACAAACUAUUAUUGGUUGACUGCAUUGGCUUUGUUCACUUAUUUCUUAAAAUUCUAGAUCGUGUUACAAGGAAAACCAAAUUCUGAAGAACACGUCCAAACUUUUAAUGCUUGGACGAGUCUUGACGGGGAGGAGUGGAAGAAAGAAAAACCUCUACCUAAGGUUUCCAUAUGAUUAUAUUUUUUAACUAAUAGCUUGCAAUCGGUGCACUUACUAACAGGAAUUAAUAGAUUAUUUAUGUUUCAUAGGCAUCUCCGAACGGCGAUCACUCUAAAUAACUGACUUUCGAAUUAAUGGAUGAGCUGCCUAUUCUAUACUGAGCUUAUUCAUGAGAAUCUGUUUACUUAAAUCUGCACAGCCUAGUGCCUGGUUCCGUGAAUGAAAGAGCGAGAAGAAAGGAAGAAAGAAAAAAAGGUGGUGCUAAUUUAUGACAAAAUCGGGUCGGGCGGGAAAUAUUGGCUCCACACCUCUUGACCACGAGCCACCGAAUGUUUUACCGUCAGGCACUCUCACUUAAUCAAAGAAGCAAAGAAAUAACCCUCUCACUUAAUCAAAGUAGCAAAGAAACAAAUUUCUACCGUGUUAGCCAGGUAUGAACAAUGGCUACGAACACGCUCUCCAAAAUCAAUUGUUUUUAUGCGCAAUUUAAUUGUAAACGUGUCAUACCAUUAGCGUGCGAGCGUGUUAUAACGUGCCGUGUGCGUGCGUUUACCUUAUUCUCUGAAGCCCCGCGGAGGGUGACAUAUUCUUAAUCGUAGACCCCGUAUUUAACAUUGACUUUUUUCCUCGACUGUUUUUCUCUAACUUUUAGCUGGAAUAGACUUCAGCGCGCCUCACUAGAAAUCAUACUACCAGCCAGGCACAACUUUAUGAAAACUGUUGUCCCUUGAUUGUUCACGUAGCAGUCGAAACCCCUCUAUUUGUUCGCAUGUGUUUUAAUCUAUUCCCAGUUGUCUGUAAAAGCGCUUUCCCUGCCUCAGCAAGCAAAAUCAACUUUUGUUAUUUUUUUCUUUUUUUUUUCAUCGUGAAAGAUCUUUAAUCGUUAUAAUUUUUUUGCCAGGGCCUUGUCAACGUAACAAAUGGAAACGCGGCAAUCCCAACGGCUUACAGGUCUCCUACUUCUAUUCGAUUUCUAAGAAUUCAGCCUACUUCUUGGCACAAAGGAAGUGCUCUUCGAAUUGAAGUUUACGGGUGUUACAUAAAUGAGACAGCACCCACAAAAGGUAGGUUUGUUGAUCCAUUAGACUGCUGUUUGCUUAGCCUCUGAUUUUGCAGUAAAGGUGCAUAAAAAUUGUAGGAUAAAAAUUUAUCUUUGUAUGGAACAUUUAAAACAAAGAUAUGUUUGGAGACGUACACGUGCCUAUACUGGUCAAGCCUAGAACUUUCGUCACAGACCGUCUGAGGCAAUAGAGCAGAAGAUUUUUCUCGAAACACAGUUUAGUCUUUGAACAAUUGCCUAACAUUAGAAGACGAUAUACCUGUUCAGUUAAGAAAUAUCCAUUUAAGAAAUAUCACGCAUGUCUUUGAGCAAUUUCACGUCACGUUCGCUCUCUCUUAUCUUUAGUAACUCUCUUGGCCGGCGCAUCAGAGCACGUGCAGCUACCUAACAGUGAAUCAUCACAAUUGGACUAUCAUUUUACGUGUAACUAUAGUUAUAGUUGGGUUGUUAGUCAAGACCACUAAAGUUUGGGACCAAUGGCCUUUAAUCCCACUCUUGAAUUGAAUAAUUAUUCAAAUCGUUUCAUCUGAUAGCUUAAAUGUCCAAUGCCACUUUUAACAUAAAGUAUGUCAAUUAGCAACACGCUAACUUUGUGAAAGUGAGAUAAUAUCUUUGAAAAAAAUUUGAAUCCUUUUUUUAGGAACACAAUCCGUGCUACGCAUGCUCCGAGGCUGUCCUACCGGCGGGAGAAUAGUCAAUGAUGCUCAAAUUCUAAAAGCAUCCUGUAUGCAGACAGAUUGAAGAAAAAACUUAAGUUCUAAGUUCUGCCGUUGAAUUUUUACUUGUUUCAGAGUUCCCUGCACUUGGAGUGGAGAAGCAGCUAAUAACAGAUACUCAGAUGACUGCUUCCUCCAACACUGAUCUGCCAAAGUUGAAUGCUUCUAGUGGCCGAUUGAACUUCAACAGCGCUUGGUGCUCAGCAAACUCCAAUGAGCUACCGCUCUUUUUACAAAUUGAUCUUCAUGAAAUCCACAUAAUUACAGCGGUAAGUAUGAAAGUGAAUGAUUUGCAGUCUCAAGGUUACCGUGAGUUACUGACCGUUCUUUGAGAGCGACACAGUUCCUUACGAUGUUAUUCACUUUUGCCACGAAAAUACAAUGUAAUCGAAAUUCAGAGCUGCUGAUCUACACCCUCGUGCUCCACCACUGAGUUUCACAAAAUCGAUGGUUAGGCAAAUCAAUACAUGGUUUAUGUGUUAUAAGCGUCCUGUACGUUGCCAUUCCUGAACGAAAUGUUCCUUUCAUUACUUCCUUCUUUGUAUCCGAUUAUCUCGUCGAAAAACUCAUUUUAUGGAAUUUACCAUCUUCCCAAACAGCUUUGAAUAACGGCAACCAAAGCAAAACAGGAGGAAAAGUCUUAAUGCAUUGUUUUAUUUCUUCAAAUUGUAGGUCGCUACCCAGCCACGGCAUUCAAAUAUCGGUAAUAUUCAAAGCGUGACAAAAUACAACUUGAAUUACUCAGAGGAUGGAGCCAAUUGGAGAAUAUAUCAACAUAAUGGGAAGGACAAGGUAGUUUUUUUUCUUCAUUUUAUAAAUUUCAGGACAAAGUUAUAAAUGUCACCAACCUGCAGGGGGGAAAAUUUCCCUAGAGAUGCACUAAUAUAGCAUUCCAACCAAAAGGAGUAGCAAUAAUCCUUAGGCUCCAACUUCUAAAAACCGAGGAAGGCGUUAAUUUAAGAGGGGGUGAAUAGGGGUAUGCAAAUCCGCCGAUCUACUAUAAUUUGAUAACCAAAUCCGUCAAUCCGUUAAAAAAAUCGUUAAAUCCGAAUCCGUUUGCUAAUUGCGCACUCCGCUUAAAUCUGUCCAUUAUUGUAGGUAUAUUGAUUCUACUUACUUAACAGCUUAUCGGUUUCGUUUAAUAUUGAUGGGAUUUCAAGUUCCAACUGCUUGUCAGUGUCAGUGGUGUAUCUUGACGUCCAGAUACACGAGAACUCCUGUUGAGCUUGAUGGCAAUAUUUUCACCCAAACCAAGCUCUUUUGCCGUGGAGUCCAAUGCAGCAAACUCACUAAAUAAAAUUAGAAAGCGAAAUUUUAUAAGGCAAUUUAAGUACCAAUAGGCUUUAGAGACCUUUCAAUCAAUUUCUAUUGGCCACAAAAUUACUGCUUUGCCUGUUAAAAGUUUUCAUAAAUUAAAAACUUACCACACGUUUUUACAAUGCUAGAAGCUUGGUCACGCUUUUCUAAGUGUCGGAAUCCACUUGGCAGCGAAUUUUUUUUUUUUAAUGUAAUCAUAGCCUUUGGCCCCUUCAUUUUAAAAAGAAUGCAACGCAUUCUAUUGUCGUCAACUCCAUUAAUACCUACUAAACACGAACAGAGAACUAAGUGAAAUCGAUGUCAAUAUACCAGCAUGGUCGGCAUGUACCACGCGGUUCGUUCAAAGGUCGGCAAACAGUGCUUUAGAAAUGUACUUAAAAUGCGUCCAAGUCAGAGGUCAUCUUUCAGAUCACAUACCAAAUAUGCUCUGCGAAAAACCACCGGGAAAACUGGACAAUAACAGCGCCAAAGACCAUAGCUUUCCAAUUGAGCCAAUCGCAACCAGAGCGAUACAGUGUCACGGAUAAGAGCGUGAACACAACGCACGUCCCGCUGGCAACAUGUCACGGUGUCCUGCUGGCCAUAGUGUGUUACUAUUUCCCUGAUGCGUGACAUUCACCCUCCUCAUUUAAAUGUAUGAACGACGAUAUUUAGGAUACUCACCUUCUCACCUAACAGUUUCGUUGUUGUUGUUGAUCUUCAGAAGUUCCUUGGAAACUUAGUUGAAGAUAUCGCUACUAAAACUCACCUGCCAAUUCCGGUGAAGGCGCGACUGAUUCGAUUUCUACCUCUUGGAAUGAUAUCUUCUACAUGUAUGCGAGUUGAACUAUAUGGAGAAAAAUCUUCCACGGAAAGUACAGGUAAAUGGUCUUCAAAAAAGUGAAUGUUAUGAAAUCUAUUUUUCUGAAAGGCAAAGGAAAAGAAUGCUACUUAAUAUUCUUAAUGAUAUUUUUGGCCCUCAGUUACGUUUUCGUUGCUUUUUUGUUUCGCCUAGAGUUUGCAAACCUAGACUGAGCUUAGUUCCUUCUACCAACUUCUGCUCGUCCAAUAUCAUUUGCUUCUCUUCUCGUAAACAAGCGAUCCCUUGAUUUGUCUCUAAUUUACCUUAUACUAUCGAUAUUUUCAAUUCCACAACAGACUUUGUCAAUGCUUUCAAGUUGCCUCCCGGGUUACCAAUCUAUUUCCUUAAGUUUGCAGGAUUUUUUUGGAAUGUAUUAUGUUCUAGGAAGUGACAACAACGACUUAGGUGUUAGGAAUAAUAUUUCCCACAUGAUUUAUACUGACUUGUUUAUAUGAAUGGUACAAAGAGCCUUUAUUUUUACUUAGACGCUACUCCAGUUUGCCUCGCCCCUCAAGAUGUGGCUUGGUAGCUCAGUUAGCACGGUAGCACCCAAUUAACAUUUGGGAGGCCUAGGUUCUAGCCCCUUUGAAGGCUAAUUUAGUUGCGAAUCAAUUCCAUCUAUUCCAUCAAUUCCAAUUACAUACCUUUAGGAAUGAAAUUACAAUUUUCCCGCACCUCCAAAAAAGUGAAGUAUACAUAUAGGAAAAUAGAUCAAAAGAUCCUUUUUUAUGAUAUAAACAUGUUCUAUAUCUUUUUGAAGGAAAGCCUCCGGUCUAUCAACGAAGUAUUCUUCUAGAUGAUAAAAACAAAAUGCUUUUCUUAUGUAACAAAGAAUUUUUAAGGUACGUAGGUAACAGACGGAAUAUUCCUACUUAGGGUCGCAAAUUUUAAACAACAGUAUUAGCAUGAUUAAAUCGAUUUCAUGUCCCUUUCGAGAAUCAUCCAGACUCCCACAGUAUUUGCCGUAUCGGACAGACUCUUGAAAUAUGUGACAUUUUGUCACUUGAUGCCGGAGAAUGAGAAGCAGCCCCAGGUGAUAAUAAACCAGAGAAAUAAUGUCAGAAGAUGUUAUUUUUAUUAUUUUGAUCUUUUACUUGUCUUACAGAAGGUACCAUCCCAGCAUAAAAAUCUACAUAUAAAUCAUGUUAUGGUCAUUUUGGUAGGAAAUCCUGUAUAGCUAUUGUGCAUGUAUAACCUAACCUAUUGAUGUUCAAUGAGUUUUAGACGCCUUUUCGUAAAGUGAGAGUAAACUGAGUCAAGACGGUAACAAAUGCAUCUUUUGAUCGGAAUCAAAAUUUCCUUUUUCCUGAAUUAACGUGAUUAAAUCGCCCCUUGUGCCCACACAGGAUCAAGGCGGUAUGCUUUAUCAGGAGAUAUUUAAUGGACGAAAGUUGGAUUGGUAAGCUGACGUUAUUAAUCCUUAUUCUAUCCUUUGCAGUGGUACAGGCGUCUUCUCUUCCUCUUUUUAGUCCCUCUUAAUGUCUUCUUUCUUUUCCUAACCUCAUCGCUCCCGUGCCAGGCGGGAGACAUCCACCGUCCUCCUCUUCCUUUCUCGAUCCUGGGCUUCGACUUUCAUUUAUGUUCCGCUGACCUCCCCUACUUAGUGUUCAGUUGUUUGUUAGUUUGGCUUAUUUGCUUGUUUGUUUGCCUUUUUUUUAAUUUUUUUUUUACCUUCCCAUUCCCUUUCGACACACGAGAGAGGCCUGUUUGAUUACACUAUGGCGUGGUAUCAUCUAAGGCGGACACAUUUUAUUUCUUUUCUUUUUGUUUUGAACCAGAAAGCCCUCUGUGUCUAUACUCCCAGUGUCUUCAUCGAUAACGAUAUUAAGUCAAUUCACUCUAGGGAAAAACCGUAGUCUUCUUCUUUGUCAAAAAUACAAUAUUCAAGAAAAGACAUGAGAUCGGAAGAAUGAGUCUAUUUUAACUGUUUAUAGACUCCGUCCUAACUGCGAGCCUGCUCCCCUUCCAGAUCACCACUAUUGAAAUUAGUUGCUCUCACCCUUACCAGCUCGCCCUCGGUUCGAAGGGAAUUUUUUUUUUUUUUUCAGCCUUGGACAGACGCAUUGUCAGCAUUCUUGGUUAUGAUCAAAAUGAAGACGUUAUCUAUGGCGUGGCCAGGAACAGAAGAUCAUACUUACGAUGUAACAUUACCAAGUGUGCUGCUAUUCCAAGUGAAGUCUGGUUAAGGUUGAGGGAUUUGUCAACCACAAUCUUAUCCACAGAGAUUGCUUUUGUUCCGGAGACAGGCCAUGAUUUUACUGAUACUCCAAUUUCUGGAUACAAACUGGUUGAUAACGACGGCAAUAAAUGGGGAGGUGUUUAAAGCUCAUAAUCAUCAUCUUUGGAGCGUUUUAAUGUCUAAGAUCUCUUUAAAAAAUAUAUAGUUCAUCUAAGUUGCAAAUAAUGAGAAACACUCUAUGCUACAAGGUUUUUCUAUCUGCCAUUCAGGACAUAUGAAAAAGUUGGAGGAGGGGGAAAAGGGGGUGGCGGGUAGGGAGGUCUCCAGUUUCACCACCAGAUUGGUGGUUUAUUUUGUGCCACUCUUCGUCUCUUCAGAUCUCGAAAGGAGGAGUCAGGUGACAAUUAAAAGACUUCUAAUUUGUCUCUGCCGGUUUGCAUUUUUUCAGUUAGGAUCUAUCAAUCUUCCUUAAACUGACGAUGAUCCAACUUUAUUCUAAUCAUCGAUUUUCCUUUUCAUUCUAAUUUUUUUAACUUACAGCUUCAGCAGUGGGUCUUCAUUUCUUCAAAGGGGAAGAGCAAACAUGGAAAUUGAUGGCCCAUUGGCGGGCUAGGGGUAAGAGGUUUUUUUAAUUCUAUUUCUUUUCAUUUUCAUAACAUGAUUUGUCCUGUUUUAAAUCGAUAAAUCAACAAUGAAAACAAACAAAUUGAGGGUUGGUUUAACGAUGAAAAGAAAUGACGGAAACGAAGGACACAUGCGCGGAGAAGACAAAAUAUAGACAGAUGCGUUUGACCACUUAACUACUAUCUAGUUUUUGUUUUGGUUUUUGUUUUUGUUUUUUUUUUUUGUAGAUUCAACUACAUUGUUAAAAACAGUGACUGCCUUGCAAAGAAUUAAAAAAAUUAAAAAGAUUAGAAACAACUGAUUGAUUCACUGCUUUUCUUGUCAGAUCUAAACAAAUGUUACAGUGGACCUUGUGAUAAUGGCGGUUCUUGUGUUGGGAAUAAAAAUGAAUACACUUGCAUCUGCCUCAGCGAUUGGGCAGGAAAGAACUGUGAAACCAAGUGUGAGUGCCCUCUUGAACAUUAUUAUCAUGAUCAACAAUGAGAAUGAUUUAAAUUGCAUCUCAUUUAUACGAUAUUGAUUGAUUAGAGGCAUCCAUCCAUCCAUACAUUCGAGUGGCUGAGGUUUCUUCUGUUUGUUCGUUCGUUCAUUAAAUAUCCUGUCUUGAUACCUUGCUUAUUUUCUUGCUUGCACGUUUGGUUUAUUAUAUUUUGUUCUUUUCCAAAUUAAACUUUUUCCACUUCUUGAAUUGUUAAAAGUUUUAUUAAACUUUAUCCCAUGCAUUUUUUCUUCUGUGUAGUUGUUGUCCCUCAAGUUGAGGUGACGAAGUCCACCUGCAAUUCAACCACGAACAAAGUGGAAACGGGAACAAUCAACACUCCAGAAUAUCCCAAGGACUAUGGCAGUAAUAGUCGUUGUGAAUGGCUUAUUACCUCAUCACAUCGGAUUAAACUGGUUUUUAAUUACUUUUUCGUGGAGAAUGGUUGGGAUUAUUUCCAUGUUUACGAGGGAAAAUCUACCAGUUCCAAACGGAUUGGCAAGCUUACUGGAGGUCAUACUAACAAAGUCAUCAAAAGUUCUGGAAAUUACCUUUAUCUAAAGUUCACCUCCGAUUCAGUAAUCAACAAAAAAGGAUUCUUGAUAGCUUAUGAAGGUAACUCAGUUACAUCAUUGAUACUGUUACUAUUAUAG